AAUCAAGUUGAAUCAGUGUGUAUCAGUAUCAAUCAGUAUCAAUCAGUAUAUUCAUUAAUGAUUACUUCAAUAGGAAACAGUUCUCUUGCUCUACUUUAUGUCAUCUUAGCACUGUUGGACUAGUUAACUAUAAAAUAUCUUUUUCAUUAAUUCUUUAUUCUUCUCCUUUCACUCUACAGGUACUUGAGGAUACCAGACCAAUCAUCACGUCAUGUGCUGAUGGAUACAAUGUGUGUAUUAUUGCAUAUGGACAGACUGGGGCUGGUAAGACAUACACUAUGAUGGGACCAAGGGAUAACCCUGGAGUUAAUGUAAGAUCAAUAAAGGAAUUAUUUAAUAAUCAUGAAGGAGAAGGAUAAAACUGACUUUGAAAUGAAAGUGUCAAUGGUUGAAGUGUACAAUGAGUCAAUUUAUGAUCUAUUGAAGUCACCAAAUGAAGUACAAGAGAAACUUCAAAUACACAAAAAAGGAAAAGAACUACACGUACCAGGGUUGACAGAGAUUGAAGUAUGUUCCACUGAUGAUGUUAUUAAAGUUAUGACAGUUGGAGAAAAGAACAGAACAACAGCUUCAACUAAAAUGAACACUAACAGUUCAAGGUCUCAUCUCCUCCUCAGAUUGGUCCUGGUUUCUUAUAAUUCAGUAUCCAAGACUACCACAAGAGGUAGCCUCACACUAGUUGAUCUGGCAGGAUCAGAGAGAAUAUCAAGGAGCGAAGCAACUGGACUGAGACUAGUGGAAGCAGCUGCCAUCAAUAAAUCAUUAUCAGCUUUAGGACAAGUAUUUUCCUCAAUAAGAGAGAACUCACUCCACAUUCCGUUCAGAAACUCAAAACUGACUCACCUCCUCCAACAGUGUCUAGGAGGAGAUGCUAAAGCGUGUAUGUUUGUUAAUGUGAGUCCAUUGGAUACUAAUGUACCAGAGACUGUCAGUACACUGGAGUUUGGAAUGAAUGCAAGACAAGUAGCACUGGGGAAGGCAACAACACACGUCACUAAAACAACUUAAAUAAUAAAUA